AUGAAAGUCUUUUCAAACUCCGUCACCUACGAGUACUCGUGGGACGAGGUCUCAACCGCCAACUGGCGCAAGUACGGCCCGUGGAACAACAAGUCCGAGCACGUCAUCGCCGUCGACACGCUCUCGCGCCAGGUCGAUGCCGCUACCGGCGUCCUGCGCACCGAACGCCUCAUCACAUGCAAGCAGGCCGCGCCCGACUGGAUCAAGUCGCUGCUGGGCGGCAACAUGGAGGAGAGCUUCGUCUACGAGGCCAGCUACGUCGACCCGCAGAGCAAGACGGUCACAAUGGUCAGCCAGAACCUGACGUGGAGCAACCUGGUGCGCGUGCAGGAGGAGGUCGUCUACAAGCCGCUCAGCGAGCACCAGACGCAGUUCACCCAGACCGCCCGCAUCACCGCCCUGUGCGGCGGCUGGCAGCGCAUCAAGAACGGCAUCGAGGACUCGCUGUGCACGCGCUUCAAGGAGAACGCCGUCAAGGGCCGCGAGGGCUUCGAGCGCGUGCUGGAGAUGAGCCGCAUCGUCUUUGCCGAGGAGAAGGAGAGGCUGCAGCAGCAGCAGCUGGCGCUGAUGUAA